AAGGAGACGCCCCCAUCCCUGGGUUUGUCUCGUGGUUUCUCUUUUCUUUUUGCAGCUGAGCUCAGCUCAGCUCCGCCUCCGAGCAGGAAGAGAAACGCCGGGAGAGGCGGGAAAACCAAACCAGCUCUCUUGCUCCGUCUUUCCUUGCAAAGGGAAGCCAUGGCGGCGGCGGCGGGUGCCCUGAAGCAGGAGCUGUGCGAGGAAGCCUCUUGCUCCGUCUGCCUGGACUUCUUCAGGGAUCCCGUCAUGAUCCCCGAGUGCGGCCACACUUUCUGCCGGGCCUGCCUGACCCACAGCUGGGGGGACUUGGAGGGGGCCGAGGCUUCCUGCCCCCAGUGCAGAGGACCGGCGCAGGAGGGGACCCUCCGGCCCAACCAGCAGCUGGCCAACUUGGUGAAAGUAAUCCAGAAACUCCGUCCUUCAGAAGGAAGCGCCAAGAAGCGAAAGAGGGGGGUCUGCGAUCUGCACCAGGAGCCCCUAAAGCUUUUCUGCCAGGAGCAAGAGGCCCCCCUUUGCCUGGUCUGCAGCAGAUCCCAGGAGCACAGAGAUCACCAGGAGAUCCCUCUGGAGGAGGCGUCCCAAGAAAAGAGGGCAGUCAUGGCCGAUAGAGAAGGGAGAGUUUGCCAGAAGCACCAAGAACCUCUAAAGCUCUUCUGCAAGGAUGACGAAGCCCUCAUCUGUGUGGUCUGUGACAGAUCCAAGGAGCACAGAGAUCAUGAAACUCUUCCUCUUGAGGAGGCCUCCCAAGAGUACAAGGAUCGAUUCUGCGAUUGUCUGGAGAAGCUGAAGGAGGAGAGAGAGAAAAUUCGGGCAUGUAAAGUGGACGUAGAGAAGGAAAGUCAAGACCUGCUCAAGCAAACCACAGAACAGAAACAAGAGACGGUAGCCAAGUUCAGGGAACUGCACGCUUUUCUGGAGGAACAAGAGAAACUUCUGCUGGCCCAGAUGGAAGAGGUGGAGAAGGAAACAGCAAGGAAAAGGGACCAGCUGCUGGCCGACCUCUCUGAGGCGCUAUCCUCUCUGGACAGCCUGACGCAGGAGAUGGAGGAGAAGUGUCAGGAGCCGGCCAGUGAACUCCUGCAGGAUGCCAGAAGCAUCUUGCAGAGGUAUGAAGAAAUGGAGGAAUUCGAGAAUCCGUUUCCUUUUUCAUUUGCACCUAAGUGGAAGAUCUGGGACUUCUCAAAUCUAAAUUCCCUUUUGGAGCGCUUUAUGAAGCAGUGCAAAGACUCUCUGGAUUCUGGACUUCACCCGCAGAAAGCAAAUGUGACUCUGGAUCCAGACACAGCUCAUGCCCAACUCAUCCUGUCUGAGGAUCGGAAAAGCGUGAGGGAUGGAGGAAAAACUCAAACUCUGCCCAACAAUCCUGAGAGAUUUGACUACUAUGGUGUUGUACUGGGCCGUGAGGGAUUAACAGGAGGCUGCUAUUUCUGGGAAGUCCUGGUGGGAAUUGAGGAAAGAUGGGCUGUGGGGGUAGCCAGGAAGUCUGUGAAGAGGAAGGGAGAAUUUUCCUUCACUCCUAAGGAUGGGAUCUGGCUUGUGGGAAAGUGGGAGGGCCACUGCAGGGCUGCCAGAAUAAGCUCUUAUAUUCCCCUGAACCUGCGUGGGGAGCCCAAGAGGAUCCGAGUCUGUCUGAACUAUGAUGGGGGUCGAGUGGCCUUUUUUGACGCUGACCGAGGAGCCCUGAUCUAUGAGUAUUCUGGAGCCUCCUUCUCUGGAGAGACCCUCCUGCCCUUCUUUUGGGUAUCUAGAAAAGGCCACCUCAAACUCCCUUCUUAAGACCUUCUCUUCACACCGGGAGCAUCAAUAAGAAAAUAUUGGUUCUCAGAAGCUCCCCCAUUUAGUCCUGUCAAGGCCUCUCCAGACUCCCAGUCACCAAAACUGACUGGAGUAAAAUGGAGACAUCCCCCUCCCCCCACAACUUUCCCCUUUUUUCUUUGUAUUUUAUCUCUGAAAAUAACACUAACAUUUUUCACUUCCUAAAGAAUAUCAGGCUGGUUGUCAAGGAGAGCUCUGAAUAGACUCCUCCCCCUCAGCCUCCUCCAGCUCCCAUUCCCCCCGGGCACAAGAGGAACAACUGAAAAGAUCCCUCAGAGGAAAAUGAGGCCCUGCAAGCUUAAAUUGAUAUUCUGGACUUUCUCAUUUCUUUGGUUCAUGGGGCACCACCUGCUCUGUUCAGCAUCGUCUUUCUGAAGGGCUCUGAAGAUCCCUUCAAGGUCAAGGUUGCUACAAUCAACACAGCUGUGUUUCAGACACCAGUAGCUGAAAAGAUGUUCUGCUCAUAAUAAAGUCGUGAUACCUU